CCUCUAGAAAAACAACUCUAUCCUCAACUAUCUCUAACCGAUUUUGUACAACGUUUGCUAAACAAACGUUGUGUGACGUUUAUGGGCUCCGGUGACUUUUAUCUGUUAAUGUCAGGCCAAAAAGGUACAGCCAUAAAUAAUUAUAUUAAAGUGGGAACACCUCAAGAAAAGGAGCCCUUAAUUUUUAAAGAUGUCCUCUCGUACGAUGAAGCCAAGCUUUCAGCCUUUUUAUCGGUUACCUCUCUAACGGAGCUAAUCAACGAUGGUAAUCGUAAUAAUAAUGGUGUUAUAGAAACAAAUGUUAAGUCCAUCGAAAGGGAAGGUAUUGUAGUGGGUAUUAUAGGAGCUAGAUUUGAAAAGCCUAUGGUUAUGGAAUAUCAAGAUAUUUUAAUAACUAAGGAACAAAAUCAAGGGAAAAGAGGUUAUGGUUUUAAUGGUGAAAAGCAGAACGUAGCAGAAGUUGAUGACGAAACGAAAAGUGCAAUUGAAUACCGAAAAUUAUGGCAGAAAUUUUACGAAAGUCCCGAUUUCUUAUACUCCCAAGUACCUGACAAUAAUCCAAGAUUUACUACUUUAGCAGCGGGCAAAUUCGACAAUGUUUUAAUGAAGAAACGUUAUGCCGUAACCUUUGACACCCUGCUGCUAGAGAGCCAGGCGAGAGCAGAAAAAUUUAAGAAACAAGCCUAUAUACAUAUAGUAGGCAUAGGUUUGGGUGUUUGGAAAAUAUCUGGAGAUCAAACUAAAAUAUUUUUGGAAUGUUUUAGCCAACGUGUUAAAUAUUUACUGCCAAAGCUGAAUAAUAUUGGUGCCCUACAUUUCUCCUGGUUCCAUAUGACAGAAUGGCGGGAUUUGAAACAUAAUGGUUUUAUCGAAUCCAAAACACAUCCCCUAGGAGGCAUUCAAACUUUUUUGUCCAAUCGUAAUCCCAAUGACAAAUUACCUCAGGAAUUUAAGGAUAUGUUAUUGGUGGUGUCAUAUGCCUGGGAUGGUAAUGCUUUGCCGGGCAAUGAAUUUUGGGUGGGUUCUUUAAGUGGAUCCAAUGAUCCUUCUACUGCCUGCAGUACCUUAAUAUCAGAACUUCAUAAUCCUCACAUUAAUGAGGAGUAUGUUAAUGGUAAAAAUUUACAUAUUGCAUCGGGGGAAUAUGGUAUCUUGCAUAUACAGGAGUUUACCAAGAAAGUUUUGGAAAGAGAGUAAAGUUUUCUAAUGGAAAUAUUUAAAUUUAUUUGAUAAAUAAAGAAACUACUUAAU